GAGAGAGAUGAGCAUCUUAGAGAGGGAGAGUGCCGUCCCCUCGAUCGAGAGAGUGUCGUUCUUCUCUUCGAUCGAGAGAGAGAGAGAUCAGCAUUUUAUAGAGGGAGAGUGUCGUUCUUCUCCUCGCUCAGCAUCUGAGUGAGAGAGAUAAAGGGCCAUGUUUCGAAUUCUCAGAAUUCGCAGAGCUGCAGCAUCAGCCAUCAUUUCACACUCAAAGCUCUCAAACCCUACUCCAAAUACCCUAAUUCCCCAACCUCCAUUACAGGCUCUCCGCCCCUUCUCUUCUUCCUCCUCUGGAACCACGGAUUCAGAGCUCCGAAAGUACAUUGGCUAUGGCGCCCUUUUUCUAGGCUGUGGUAUAGCCACCUAUUACUCAUUUCCAUUCCCCGAGAAUGCAAAGCACAAGAAAGCUUACCCCUUUCGCUAUGCUCCAUUACCUCAAGAUCUCCACACUGUAACGAACUGGAGUGGGACUCAUGAGGUGCACACUAGGGUGUUUUUACAACCAGAGAGCCUGGAAGAGCUCGAGAGAAUGGUGAAGGAGGCCAACGAGAAAGGCCAGAAGAUCAGGCCUGUGGGUUCGGGCCUUUCGCCUAAUGGAAUAGGGUUACAUAGAAGAGGCAUGGUGAAUUUGGCCCUAAUGGACAAGGUUUUGGAGGUGGAUAGAGAGAGAAAGCUGGUUAGGGUUGAGGCUGGUGCUCGUGUUUCUCAGUUGAUUGACAAACUCAAAGAGUAUGGGCUCACAUUGCAGAAUUUUGCGUCCAUUAGAGAGCAGCAAAUCGGGGGCAUAAUCCAGGUUGGAGCUCAUGGUACUGGAGCAAGCCUGCCUCCCAUUGAUGAACAGGUUGUCAGCAUGAAACUGGUUACCCCUGCUAAGGGGACAAUAGAGGUCUCUAGGGAGAAGGAUCCAGAACUCUUUUAUCUAGCUCGCUGUGGUCUCGGUGGUCUUGGUGUUGUGGCAGAAGUUACCAUCCGAUGUGUUGAGAGGCAUGAGCUUGUGGAACAUACAUUUGUUUCAAACAUCAAAGAGAUAAAGAAAAAUCACAAGAAAUGGCUUGCAGAAAAUAAGCACCUUAAAUAUCUGUGGAUUCCAUACACUGAAGCUGUAGUAGUUGUUCAAUGCAACCCUCUCACAAAGAGAAAAGGUCCUUCGCAGUUUAAGCCAAAAUAUAGUAAGGAUGAAGCUUUGCAGCAUGUUCGUGAUCUAUACCUGGAAAUGUGCAGAAAAUAUGGAACCAAAGAAAUUACUUUGAAAACCUCAGGAACGGAGCAACCUGAAGAGGAAAAAGAUGUCAGUGAGCUUUCCUUUACAGAAUUGAGAGAUGAGCUCCUCGCGCUUGAUCCCCUCAACAAAGAUCAUGUAGCUCAGGUCAACCAAGCUGAAGCAGAAUACUGGAGGAAGUCUGAAGGAUUCAGGGUUGGUUGGAGUGAUGAGAUUUUGAGUUUUGAUUGUGGUGGACAGCAGUGGGUGUCGGAAAUUUGUUUUCCUGUUGGUACACUUGCAAAGCCCACCAUGAAGGACAUCAGCUAUAUGGAAGAGUUGAACAAGCUUAUAAAAAAUGAAGGUAUCCCUGCUCCUGCUCCCAUUGAGCAGCGAUGGACUGCUCGUAGUACAAGCCUCAUGAGUCCUGCUUCAAGUUCAUCUGAAAGUGAUGUAUUCUCCUGGGUUGGUAUAAUCAUGUACCUGCCCACUGCAGAAGCCCGACAGAGGAAAGAUAUCACAGAUGCAUUCUUCAAGUAUCGAUAUUUAACCCAGCAUGAACUGUGGGAUGCAUAUUCUUCUUAUGAGCACUGGGCAAAAAUCGAGGUCCCAAGAGACAAGGAAGAACUUGCUUGGCUCCAGGGGAGAAUCAGAAAGUGCUUCCCAGUUGACCUCUACAACAAAACGUGCAGAGAAUUGGAUCCAAACAGGAUUCUUUCGAAUCGCAUGCUUGAGAAGCUCUUCCCAUCUGCUACCGAAUGAGUCUCUCAAAGUUAAGUAUUGGACUCCCAUUCGAAGUCUCAUCUUCAUUUCGAAUUUGGGGUUUUUGUCUGCUGUUAUUUUGAUGAUUGCCCCUUUGCCUUGGGAAUAAAAGCCCCUCUCUAUUUUCUUCAAUUUGUUCAUUAGCUCUUUUUUAGCCUAUUGCAACCCUUUUAUAAGGCAAUCAGUAAAAUAAAGAGUUACAAGAAAGUUGCUUUGCAUCUCUCAGUCCAAGUGACACUCGAAAGGUUGGCAUCAAGGUGUGUAAAAUGAUGGAGAGUGAGUUUUGUCUCCUUGUGAAUGAGUGUGAGAUCGAUGAAUGCAGAUGGAUAUACAGAGAUGACCAACUUGUUUACAGUUUAGCGAUUCAAAUACUGUGCUUGUUCAUACAUCAUUGUGGAAUGUGAAAUAUUUAGGCCCUGCGGCCUGAUUGUAUGAUGGCUUAUGAAGUUGGGUACCA